AUGCCAUUUCCAUUCAUCCUCCCGACGACGUCGGCCUUUGCUUUCUCAUCAGGCUUCAGCUCCGAUUCUCAUCCUUCACUGCCCCUCAACGCCAGCACAUAUCGCGGGGUAGUUCGAGAUGCCCUGAAGAAGCACAAGAGACUUCCCCCAAGCUCCCAAGUCUCAAACGUAAACACAGUCAUAUCCAGUAUAAACGGUUAUCUCCCUUACCUGCUGGCGGUGGACGACGGUCUAAGUAACAAGGGUCUUGCCAUCGUUACGCUCAAAACGCCCCCCGUUAUCGAAUGGAGACCAACGUUGUCCGGUGAAGUUGUUCCAGGACGCGAGAGAGCCAGGGUUAAGAUCUCGUCUUUGGAACACGAGAUUGCCUUUGUAGUUUCAACGUUGGGCUUCUCGCAUGUUCUAACAGCUCGAUCUGCCCUACAACCCCUCUACUCCACAAACAGCGAGUUUCUAGGGGUCCAAGAAAGAACAAAUGCCAUCACAACUGCAACAAAAUGUCUACUUGAGGCUGCUUCAGUAUACGACUAUCUGGCAGGUCGAGGAGAGCAAGCCACAGUCAGCCCCCCAUGUCCGGAUGUUACAGCAGGUACAGCUCGAGCGUUGUCGUCUCUGGCACUAGCUGAAGCUACAUUACUUGCUGUUCUAAAGGAUGACCCAUACCCAGCAUUGAUUGCUCAAGACAGAAACAAAACAGACAAGGAGUGGAUGUUCAAGGCACCUGAAAUCCCAAAAGUUCGCGCCCAUCUUUAUGCCCGACUCUGUUUAGCGGCGUCAGAACAUGCAGCUAAGGCUCUAUCACUAUGCAGCACAGCUGGAGCAGGUUCGCACAAAAUUAACAGCGCCCUUCUGAAAUAUCUGGAAGAUCUUCGUCGAACAUGUCGAGCUCGCGCCUGUCGUUUCUUUGGAAUUGAUGCCGAGAUAGGUGGACAGGUUGCAGAUGGUAUCGGAUGGGUUCGCGCUGGUCUCUCGGAACUGGGUGUCGAAAUCAAGGACAGUAAUAAGAAGGGCUUGAGCUUCAGUCGACUAAAGAAGGACUUUACGGAGAAGCGUGAGGAUCGACGUGUGGAUAAGGAGGCUGCUUGGGGGACUGAUGCUGGCAAACUGGAGGAAAUCCGGGUGCUUGAGAUGCUCGAUUCCAAGUGGAACAAAGUCAAUGAUACGAUGAACACACAGAUCAUUCCUCCUAUCAACACCCUCCUUAGCAAGAUGCCGUCAGGUCGAGAGAUCCACACAGUCAAACCGUAUGAGCUACCCUCACUUGAUCCAGAUGUAUGGGAGGGUAUGCGUGCUCCGCCAGAGGAAGACGACGGGUUUGUCCACGACUUAAGUUCGGACGAUGACAUCAAGGGCGGACCUUCAGCACCGGUCGGCGCGUUUCCAGGGACAUGCUGGGAAAAGAUCAUAGCGGCGCUUGAGGCAAAGGGAAUGUAUAAAUAG